AUAUCUCUAUAGACCAAGGUCACAUGUGCAUGUAUGCAGAUAGAUUUCUCUCUUCUACUUCACCCUCCUACAGGAAAAAGUUAUUCAGGCAGCUAAAUAAAUGACUAAAGACCAUCAGAUUCUCACCCAGUUAGAGCCGUUUUAUGGUACAUAUUUCUCCUCCAAGUGCCUCAAGAUCAGGACAGACUGGGGUUCAAUGUCUUACCUUCCUCCCAGCCAGAAUGUAGCAAGCUUUCUGUAUCAUGGCUCCCAUUUGCUGGGCUGUAUCUCCACCCAGUGCUCUCCCGUCCUGAUUGGCCUGUCUGGCACCAUGUAGCUUUCAGCUUGCCAAAAUGAGUGCAGACUAUCUCCAGCUGGGAGGAGAGCAGUUUGUACCCCACUGCUACCCUGCCAUGAUACUGAGCCCUUUCCUGGUAGCAGCGGUGGUGGUCUUUGCCAGUGCCGUCACCGGCUGCCCAGUCCUGUGCACAUGCCGCAGUCAGGUUGUGGAUUGCAGUGGGCUUCGGCUUUUUUCGGUACCACCAGAUCUUCCGUUUGACACCAGGAACCUAAGCCUGGCUCACAAUCGCAUCGCAACCAUCCCUCCUGGAUACCUUACCUGCUAUUCUGAGCUGAGGGUGUUGGACUUGAGGAAUAACUCCCUCGUUGAGCUACCUGUUGGACUCUUUUUGACAUCCAAGCGUCUGUCUCACUUGGACUUGAGCUACAACAACUUGACUCAUGUGGUGGCUGACAUGUUCCAGGAGGCCUACAGUCUGGUGCAGAUUGACUUGAGCCACAAUCCGUGGCUGAGGAAAGUGCACCCCCAGGCUUUCCGAGGCUUGGUCCAACUACGUGACCUUGAUCUCAGCUAUGGAGGUCUGUCUUUCCUCAGCCUGGAAGCCCUGGAGGGACUCACAGGCCUGGUGACUCUUCAAAUUGGCGGCAAUCCCUGGGUGUGUGGUUGUACUAUGGAGCCACUGCUGAAGUGGUUGAGAAAUAGGAUCCAGCGAUGCAUGUCAGAUACUCAGCUGGCAGAGUGCCGGGAGCCACCCGAGGUGGAAGGAGCCCCUUUGUUUUCCCUGACCGAGGAGAGCUUCAAGGCCUGCCACCUGACCUUGACCCUGGAUGACUAUCUCUUCAUUGCCUUUGUGGGCUUUGUGGUCUCCAUUGCUUCAGUGGCCACCAACUUCCUGCUGGGCAUCACAGCCAACUGCUGCCACCGCUGGAGCAAGGCGAGUGAGGAUGAGGAGAUAUAGCCACAUGGCCUGAUCCUUCCUGCCUCUGCGUUGCUCGCUACUGAGGGAGGGGGAGGGAGCCAAGGGCUAUCAUGUUCAGGGAAAGCAAAGUGACUUGCCUUUCCCCUGCUGGGCCAUUUCCUUGACCCUCCCCACUCACUCCCCACCAAACCCUGUACAGCAGCGUCAGACUGCCAUUCACCCAUCUUUCUUACUGGGGAUGGGGCACAGGGACAGCAAGGUAGGGAGACUGAAGUGUGCCUUGUAUAAUGCUCUUCACACUGGAAACAGCCAGCGACCCAUGUCCUGAGAAAUGGCAGAAACACAUCGAUAGACACUCAAAGCACUCUUCAUUCUUUCCUUUUUGCUUCUAUACAGCACACACACACACACACACACACACACACACAAUUCACAUGCUCUUGUUGCACCCUUCCCAGUCAAUGCCUUGAACUCAUAGCUGUAGCACCACCUACCUACUCAAAUCUACAUGUGUACAUGCAUCUCAUGCCUGACCACUGACUGACAUGGAAAACUCAAAGAUGUUCCUCUUAGGAAGUCUGAAACUCUCCAUCUUCCUAACCUUCUCAUCCCAUGGUUGCAUCGCUGGAGGCAAUUUGGAGUGUUGCCAUUCUCAAGGAUGGAGAAACUGCAUGUUGAACCUCUCUAACAAGUUCCAGUGGCCCAUUCUUUUAGUUCAUGUAUUCAGGAAGUGCUUGCAGUUCUAUCAGGAUCCCCAGGAAGGCUUUAGAGACUUAAAUGAGGGCCGGAUAAACCUCAAGUUUGAACUGUUUUCCAUCCCAGCUGCUAAUCAUUUAGUAUAGAUGGUGCUACAAUUUACACAAGUGUCUGCUGGUUUUGUGACUGGCCUCCUGCUAGCCAUAUGGUUUUGAUUUAGGUGGCCUAUCAAAGAGUGCCUGGCUGGAGAAGGAUACCCAUAUAAUCACUAUG